UCAACUCUUGUGCCUGUCUUCCAGCAUCACCUCCCAAAUAGGAGCCGGUCUCUAUGGCAACAGGCGGGAUUUGCCAGCUGGGAGGCAGAGUCAAUCGCUCCUCAGUUGGUAUCACCGCCCCAGCUUCCACACUGCAUCACGCCCCGAGUGGAAUGGAUGACCAGGACAAGAAAGACAAUGGGCAGUACAUCGGUGAGAUUAAAGGUGGGAUGCGGCCUUCAAUGAAACUGGUUGUCAUGGGAAUUAUUGAUAAAAAGCCCAAGAGCAUCGAGGUGACCGUGUCCUGCAAGCCUCAGGAGGAAGACUUAGAGGCGGAUGUGGGUCUGCAGCUGAAGGUCAGCUUCACGGAUAAGGCUGUCCAACGAAACGCCCGCUUGGCUGGGAAGUGGGGUCCGUGUGAAAACACACUCUCCUUCUUUCCCUUUGCACCCGGAGAAGCCUUUAAGAUGGAGAUCGUCUGUGAACACCAGCAGUUUCGCAUCUUGGUGGACGGCCAGCCUCUGUGUGGCUUCACCCACCGGAUCUCCAAGCUCGCCUCCCUCACCGCCUUAAGAGUCUUCGGGGACCUACAGCUCACCAAGGUUGCCUAGUGCCGGCCUCUUGCCCACAGGAAGCUGAACUGAGGGUUCCCCCACGCCGCCGGGGGAGGGGGGGACGGUACACCCACCGCCAUUAGAUUAGAACUUCUUUUUUCCAGUCGCCGUCAUCAGGAUGUUUCACCGUUUUAGUUCGCCGACAAAGUUGCACCAGCCUCGUAAUCCUAUGUUGAGACAAAGUGCCUUCGCUAAGAUUACCUGACUGGAGACUUGAAGAUGCCGACUGAACGUAGCCGCAGUCGUCUUGCGUCUUAAAUCGAAUGAGGAAUGUGCUUUUGAGUUGUUGUGAAUUGUUGCGAACGCGAUCUAACGUCUACUCUUUGUUCGCGCCAUUGAAGCCACAGGAAAAGCAAGUCAACAACUCUGCAUUAGUUUUUAUCCCUUCAGAAAAAGAGGUUUCAGAAACCUGUCUUAGACUUUUCUGGAAUUAACCUUUGAAAGCUUUUCAUUUCCUAGAGUUUGUUUUGUUUUUGAAGUUGAAAACAUAGCGAAGAUUGCGAUUUUGUGCCCAGUGACAUAACAACAGAAUUGAUGGUGUAAAAACCGUAUAAGUAGCCUAUGUUAGUGCAUGCCCUGAAAGACUCAGCACUGUAUUUGGAGUUCUCUCAGUUGAUAUUGGAUUCAUUUUGUCCCAAACAGUUGCAUUCAAAAUGGCAGCACGUUUUGAAAUGUCAGCAAAAGCUUAAAAUUGCUUUUAAAUCCAUACAAUUGUGGAAGAACUAUAGUUUUUCUAGAAUCAGACUUCUUUUUAAGCAACAAAUUUAUGCCACUGAAUUUCUAUCCUGUGCAAUAACUGGCAAAUUUUAAAUUAGAAAACAAAAUGCAUACACAUAAUUGCUCAGAAUAAAAUGUCAUUGUUAUAAAUUCAACAUCUUAAAAUAGUCUUAUUCUAAUGAGACUAUCUCUUCCAUAUACGUGUAUUGGGAAUGCGGAGCUUUCGAUUCCAAAACCAAAAUGGGUCAAAUUUGUUACGAAUCUAAAAAUCUCUAAAAAAUGAGGAAAGUAGAAAAUCUUGAAGGUUCAAAAUCAUGAAGCGUGACCAACACGGACUGAACGGCUUUGUUCACUUCCUCUGCUGCCAUUGAAGAACUACAACCCCUCACAAGCAAACUGCAAUUGGAGAAAUCAAGCUCAAUGGGAGAAAUCCCAGACAGAGCAGGGAGGGAAAUGAGAAUCUAGGGUAGAAAUGACCAGUUGAACCACAGCUUCUGAGAACUUGUUCAUUGAGUGGGAAAAGUUUUAUUUUGCCUCACAAACAACAUGUUUAACAUCAAUCCACAAUGUUAUUCUUGAUUUUCUGUUAUUCAGGAUGCUGCUCGCUAACUAACUUGUUUUCUUUAAUCGCCUCGUUGUAAAACGUUUUCCCCUUUCCAACUUUUUCCAUCAAAGUACACUGUUAUUAUGAAUAAUGUCUUAAAUGACCCAUUUCAUUCUGAUUUUCAGAGAUGAAUGGACUGUAACCACUCAGUCCUUAAAUAAGAGCAAAAAGUUGUCCUUUAACAGAAUGAAUGACCCGCUGGAUCAAGCUCCAUUUAGUUACACAGAAUUAGCAACAUGAAUGUUACCACUGUUUAUGUUUUUCUAACAUUUUUUUAUUUUUUUUUCAUCUAGAGGGAUAUUUCCAUCAUUCACCUUGAUUGAUGUAGUUAGUGAUGUUGGACUGCUGCUACCCUGAGCACAACCGUACACUGAGACUCGCACGUAAAUCACCUUCGACAUUGAAAAAGCGUUCACGAAUUGUUCAGCUAACAUUUUUUUUGUUUUGGCACCUUCACUGGAAGGUUUCAUAUUUUCAUACUUAAGUCACCGUAAUAAAAUCAAAUCUGUUUGUUAUUUGUUUGUUCUGCUGCACUUUGUAUGUGGGCCUGUAGUUUGGAUUUGACAUCAAAUCCAAGAUAUGACUCAGGUGUUGCGCCACUUUUUGAUCUAGCCCCAGCCAGACGAGAGCUGCUGCGUUUGAGUCACUCUGACAAAAGCUGGACUCAGCUUGCCGAGUGGGAGUGUCUGUCUGUCACAUCUGGAAGCGCCUGAGGACACAAGUUUAGCGAUAGCAACACAUACUUGCUGAUUCUUUUUCUUGUCCCUGCUUGUACAUUUUUGCUGAAGGAAAUUUUUUUGAGUCAGACUCAAGGAAUUUCCCCAAGUUCAUCUACAAGACUUUUUAAAAGGCGUUCUAGCAGGAAACGGAGCCGUCAAGGUUAAGGCGUUAAUUCAUACGAUUAGUCUAAAAAGUUUCAGCAUGCUAGAAUGACGUAAGACAGAUUAAUGGCUUUACCUCUUUUGACCCGAAAGCCUCUCGUUCACGGAGGGUUACUCGGUUCAAAGCGGCACGCUACACAGACUUGUACUGCGAUCAACAAUGCAAAGUUGCGAAUGUGAGCAAAAAGAUUAGCGAGGAUAGUCAAAGGGCUGUGCUCGCUGUCAAGUUUUGCUUUAAAACGAAACACCCUGGAAGUUUGGAUAAAACCAAGGUAGUGUAUAUAUAAGAACAAUGAAUUAUCCUUUCACCAAGGCAUAGCCAGACUAUAUUUAAUAUUUCUUAAACGUUCAUUCAUACCAGUAUGAAUCUUCAGGCAAUUUUGGUUUGAAGCAAAAAUGUCACUUAUUUAAAUAUAAUUUUUGAAAAUGUGCAUGUUUACAUUUCAGUCUUCCAAAGUGAUUAUUUGUAGCCCUGGAGUGUGAUUGAUCUGAUUAAAUCUUUUAACCGAUUGGGAGCUACAUAAAACACAAAGGAAUUGAAUGUCUGUUUAAUGAUCCUACAAGACAAUACACUGCAAAACCAAUAUAAAAUCUUGUCUCCUAGUUAAAGCGGCCGAGAAAAUGUUUAAAUUUUAGUUUAAUUCUGUAUUUAAGCUAACAGAUUUUUUUUUUUUUUUUAAAAAGGAUAACUCCAGUGGUCUAUAAGAGUUUUCUUCAAUGAAUUACAAGGAGAAAUGUAAAAGGUUGCUAAAGGAGUUAGACAGAGAUAUUAAUUAUUCUUUAAACCGUAAUGAGAUUAUGCAAGAUAUUCAGAUGACAGAUUUCUUUUUUAUCAGCUUUUUUUUAGCAUGUACAUAUGCUUUUUCUUUAUGUUUUUAAGUAGACUCUCCAAAUCUAAAUUUUGUUAAAACUUUUUUUGAAUUAGCUAUUUAUUUCUGGUUUCCUAUUUAUGCUGCCUUUCUUAUUACCAACUAAAAUUCGCUUUAGAUCAAAUUGUCGGCAGUGAUUAAAGAUGACAGAACACACUGCUAAUUGAAUAAAUAACAUUAUUUCUUUAUUUUUGAAAUGUCGAAAGAACAAAACAGCAGAAAAUGAAAUUUACAAACUUGUUCAGUUGCUAAAAAUAUAUAUAAGAAGCAUUGUCCAAAUGCUAACAUUUAAACUGAAUUACAAACGGUUAAACCUAAACACAAUUAGGAAAAACGUAUAAAAAAAAUUCCUACCACUGAAGGGCUUCUGAAACGU